CCGUUGUAUGAAUUCCAUUUUGAACUGAAUAUCAGUUGUAUUUCCCUAUUCCCUCGCUUAGCUUCCAAUGCCGAAUCUUAAAAAAAAUAAAAAUUUGUUCUUCCUUCAAUUCUGGCAUGGAGAGGCUGCACAGGACUACAUUUCUACACCAUAUGUUGUGGAGAUUUUUUUGAUGAAUAGAAGACAGUAGAUGACCUUGAUUAUUAACGAAUAAAACGUAAUGGAGACUCUGCCUGAUCUCUAUCCCCUAACAAGUCUGCAAAUUGGGGAUAUACAAUCUUAUAUUUCAAGGGCAUUUUUAUAUUUUGCUCCCAGUAGUCACAAGUUUCUCAUUUUGGUUGAUAAUCAACCAUGGGUUAUGAGCAAACACUCAAGAUCAACACGCAUAUGGCAUAUAAUCGUUACAAAGUACAGAAUGUCUCCUUUUACAAAUACAAGGACCCUUACCCAUAUUCCAAGUUUAACAAACAAUGACUGCUGCAUUAUAUCCCCCAGACAUAAAAAAAAAAUGCUCUACAAAUUGUCCUCUGUCAUAAAUGUGGCGCGGUGGCCAGAGAAGUCACUAGUCCACUGGAUGGAUUCAUACAAAAAUCUGCAUGGUUUUAUUGUGUUUGAAGUAUCAUGGAAGGAUGUCCGCGGUAUCAAUUAUUUGAAUGAGCUUCAGACGGACACAUCCCUGGCUUUAGAAGUGAAAUCAAUGAGAAAGUGGGAAUUCAACAGCAUCAACCAUGCCCUGAGUUGUAUAUCAUUAUGGUUCUCAGGCACACCAUCAGAGAUGAAAUCACUCCAUAGCAGUCUAAAUGACUUGUUUGAUGCAGACCCCCACUCCCAUUCCCACUCCGGUUGCUGUCAAGAAUUCUCUGUUUCUCCUAAAGCUAAUGAACUACUCUUUAAUUCUACAUGCCCAUUUGAGGUUCUUUCUGAAGAUCUAUUUUUUGAUGUUGAAGAAGAUAAUUUCUCCGAAGCUGGUAGUAGUGAUUCAAGUGAGGACAAAGGAUGCUUGAAUGAUGGAUUUAACAAAGAUACAGGCAUGAAGGUGGAAUUUGAUAUUGCGUCCACAAUAUACUAUGAUAACUUACUUUUACUCCGGUUCAGUAACAAAGACAUUCCAUUCAAAUUAAGGCAAAUAAUCACAUCAGAUCUCAGACUUCUUACUUUGCUUGAGUCAGGCCUCCCAGCAUGGGUUAUCUUCUUACAAUCCUAUCCAUUAUUCCGCCAAUUCUACCGCCCAUGGAUGCGGCCUUUGGUCAGAACUCUCUAUAUCUUAAUUUCACUAGUAACUGUGAUCAUUGGAUUUUAUGAUCUCUACAAGAACAUACCUAUCUUGAAGGAAACUUUAUCACAUCUCUGUGGGCCCCUUUUUAAGUGGGUAGAAGCCUGGGAUAUGAUAUCUAGGAUUAGGUAUCUUGGGACAAUGUUGUUUCUUCAAAACUUUGAGAAGGCUGUUAAGUGGUUUCUCAUCAUGGUGCGGACAAUCAGAUUACUAGUAUCACUGCUCAUGAAACCCUUGAUGCACACAUUUAUAGAGAUCAGUGAGUUCAUGUCACCAAUUUGGAGUAUUUUUGUGGAGAUAGGAGCGCAUUUCUCUUCUGCAGUAUGGAAAACACUGGAGCCUUUGUACAUCAUAAUUGUUAAUUCUGUCAAGGUUUUGAUGUUCCCGUUUCUGCUUCUUUAUUCAUUUAUAUUGACUAUAGUUACAUCAGUUUAUCCAGUCAUUAAUUCCAUCUGGGAACUGUCGCUUGCUCCAAUUCGGAUUACACUUACACUGGCCAAUUAUGUGGUUUUUUGGUCCUCCAAUAUUUAUAACUUUCUCAAAGGGUUUAUGGCUUCUGCUAGUAACAUGACUCAGCUUACAAAAUUUACUUGGUCAAAGCCUAAUUCAUCUGAGAUCUCAGUUUGGCAUGGUCUUUGGAAGGAUCUCAUCUCAAAGGUCUUUCGGGCCCUUCGAAGUGUUAUCUACGGUCUUGUUGCUUUCUUCACAACCUGUAACCGCCAUAGGCUAAGCAUAUACAACCACAUGAGAGUAUUUUUCUUGCAACUCUCUUGCCUUCUCCGAUUAGGGCAUCAUGAUUGUCAUUGUCAACAAAAAAUGCAAGAUAAAUACCAAUUUGCGGACAACUCCAAAGAAUGCAACCGUUGCAAAUAAGUAGAUGCAGAAACCUUGAAUUUUAGAGUAGAUGGGAGAUGUUAGAACACUUGAACAAUGGCAGUGAUGUGUUCCAGCAAUGUAAUUACUUGUUCUUGUAUAUUCUGUACAGAAUUUUCUAAGGUUCUAGUCUCAUAGAUCAGAAAUUUGACUUGUGAAUGGCAUGGAAGAUUUGCUGGCUACUGAUAA